AUGAGCAUGAUGUCAGAGCAGCUGGAUCGAGACUGGCAGGAUGCGUACCUGCUGAAGCUCGUCGAUUUCUUUCAGUCACACCGGCUGUUCAUGCCCUACCACAUUGUUGGCGUGACAAACGCGCUGAAUGCUAUUGCGGCGAUGUGGAGCUUCCGCGGGGAGCCGGGCAUUGCGAUGCGGCACCUCCUCAACAUACCACCGGCGUACCGUCGGCGACAGGCCUUCAAGCACAUCCUGCACGCACUGCAGAUACCAACAGCAGAGAUCACGCAGACGCUCGCUAAUGUGUACUUUUCACCAGAUGAGGUGGUGCCAUCCUCGGGUAGACGACAAAUUGAGGCUGCCGUUAUGAACAGCAGCAGCAGCAGCAGUAGUAGUGGCGGCGUGGGCGGUGGCGUGGUGGCACAGCACCUCCUGAUGCCGAAGCCGGCAAUUCGCGACGUGGCAAUGACAGCGGUGUUCAACCACUUUCCUGCCGCACUUGCGGCGCUGGAGAAAAGUGAGGAGCGCAUGUCGACGAUACGCCGCCGUAACACCACUCAACGUGUCACAGGAGACACCACGAAAGCAUCGGUGCGGUCCGCUUCGUCGACGGCAACACCAACAACAACAACAGCAGCAGCAGCUUCGUCCGCGCUUCAAGUAAUGCAGAGUGGCGACAUCUUGACCCUCCGCGAGGACUUCGACCCGGUGCUAACGGAGUUGGAGCUGGCGGUGGGCAUGAAGCUCGGCAGCCGACAUGUACUCUUCACGAGCGCUGUCGACAUCCUCUCUGCGGCGGCCAACAACAGCGACAAUACCACCAACGCGGGAGAGAAUGACACUGCCGCAUCCUCGGUAGCGACAUCAUCAUCAUCAUCAUCCACAGCAGCAGCAGCAGCAGCAACGGCGCAAGCGGCAGUGAAGGAGAAAACCGAGACAUCCAACCAAUCACGUGGGCCAAAGGUGCCGGACGAGGACACCGUUGUCACUUUCUUUACAAAUGAGACGAAGCGUGACAGGAACGACAACCGCAGCAGCAGCCGCUCUUCAUCUUCUCGCGCCCCACCCACGCAGACAGGGAGGCGGGAGACGUUUGGCAACUCCCCCUCCCGCCACCAGAAGUCACACCAGCACUAUUCGCAACGACCCCGCUACCAUGAGCGGCAGCAACGCCAGCAACAACGGGGCCAACGAGGAGGUGGCGGCAAUUCAUCCUCUCGCUCACAUCGCCAAACGUCUUAA